AUUGUUACUACACUACCAUAAGUGUGAUUAUUGUGUUAUUACAAUGCUAUUUCAAUGCAGUUAGGGACUGUGUAGCUAUUUGUGGCAACAAUACAAAGCUCAUACAGACAUAGUUGUGAAUUAUUAAUUUCAUAGUACAGCACUUUCUCUACAGGCGCUGAGCACUAAGACAAUGUCAGAAGCUGUGUUUUGUAGAUUACAAGCAGCCUUGGGAUAAAGACAAGUUUGUUUUAUGAAUUUAUUUCUUUGGAUCCUGAGCACCCUUCUUGGUUGUCAGGGAAGGCUUGCGUUUUGUGAAGAAGUUGCGAUGGCCAGUGCCACAGCUCUACUGACAAGACAUUCAGCUGCAAUUAAGUCGCUGUUUUAUUUGUUGUUUGUUUUUUUUUUGGUUGGUUUUUUACUUUUUAUUCGCCCCCCAACGAUCUCAAAGACACGCUGCAAAGCUUCAGGAGACGAGAGAAGCGACGCGGAGGAGUAAAAAGAGGAGCAAACAGCAGCGGGGGCGAGAUGCACAGAGGAGGAGGGAGGAGGGGGAUCAGAACUCAGUGCUGGACAUGCUCAGACUCAAGUGACGUAGUCUCUUCAGACACGCAGAUCAUCUCCAGCGAAUCGCUGAGACGAAACAAGCAAGGUGCUUCUCUGCAGCCCAUCACUCCCAAAAGAAGGGGUCUGAAAUUUCUUUGGAAGCAAUCCUCCAGUUGAAUAAUCACGCCGGCUAGCUGCUAGUGUUUUGAAGAAGAUGAAGAAGAGCUCUUUGUGCCGCCUGUGUUCUGUUUCACAGUGAACUAACCAGAUGAUCCUUCUGCUGAAAUCCAAGCCCAGCCACCAUUCCCUUGCUGUCCUGCCAGGUUUGAUCCCCACCUCUGCUGGAUGUGCCCAGGCCCACAAUGAGCCUCUACCUUAACACCUACCUCUACCUGACUCUGCUGGGGGGGAGGACAGCGAGGCUCUACCACAGGAUCAGGUACCUCUUGACUGUCUUCAGGGUUACAGCCCAUAGACUCCCCUCUUCAGGAAUUAACUGUGCUGUCGGAAGAAUCCCUCCCAGAUCCCGUGGCUCAGUGCUCCAGCUUGGGGGCUCAUCCGGGAUAGAUUCACAGUCCGUUAUUGGUUCUAGUUCCGGCAUCUUUAUUUCAGGAUUGCGCUCAGGAAAUGUUAGAAUGGACGGUAACCACUCUGGCCUUGGUUUGUUCAAGCCAGGUCCUGGGUCUGUCAUGGCAAGCCUGAGUAGUCUUCGUCUUAGUGCCAAAGCAUACUCCUCAUCCAAUAGCAGUAGAAAUAGCAGCAAAGGGGAGGCACCGAUUGGUGUCUGCCAAGAAGACAAAGCAUCUUUCCAGUUGAGCAACCUAGGGGCCAGCUUUGGGGAGUCCUUCCAGCACCUAUCCCAACACAUCAAUGUCUACUUUGGGGGUAAGAGACUGGAGGGAGAGGGGAGUCAUAAAACUGCAGAUGGGCGAGUGAUAGAGAUUUGGGAGGUCAGGGACCAGGAGCCACAUUUGAGGAUGGCAAGAGGUACCCAACACUACUCUGGCUACAGGAAAGGGAGGCUUGUUAAGGAGGAGCAUGGGCCUUUGCAAGUUGAUUCGGAGGCAGAGAACCAGAUACCAUCUAAAGUGCAGCUUUUUCACAUCAGUGGCCUUGCUACCAAGUUUGGUGAGAGUUACAGCUAUGUGGCCAGCCACAUCAACACCCUUUUCUCUCGAGGCCAGUCCCGAGGAGAACAGCCUCCUGAGUCUGAUUUCAGCAGGGUGGCAGGGAGAAGCUGGAGGGGAGCAAGACAGAGGAAACACGCUGGAUCUGAGAGCAGGAUUGGAAGGAAUACCGCUGAAACACAACCACAUGGGUCUGUCCAAUCUAGUGGGCAGGAUCCUGUUGCAGGAGUAGACCCACUCCAAGACUCAGAAUACAGAGAUAGUUAUUAUCAGUACUUGGCCCAGUAUAUAAACCAGUACUUUGGUUCCAAUGAACCUGCCAUAAAACCAAUAGAGUCUGCAAGAUCUAUUGACGUGAACCAUGUGGAGACUGGGAACACUGCCAAACCAAAUGUCUCUGCUCCGGUAAAUCUAAAAAGAGAGGCUGUCUGCAAAACUGCAGAACAAAAGUCCAUCCAAGAUCACAAAGCUCCGGCCUCCGUACCCAAAACUCCAGGUCUCUUUCACAUCAGUAGCCUAGCAACCAGUUUCGGGGCGAGCUACUCACAAAUGGCCAAUCACGUCAACUGUUAUUUCAAAGGUGAAGGAGUCUGGGAGGAGGAGACAGAGGAAGAGGAAGGAGAGUGCACCGAGGAGGUCCUGUAUGAAAGCACAGCACCCCCGCAGGUGAAGAAGCGCACCUUUCUCCAGUACCUCACUCAGCCCACUGGCACUGUGCAGGAUCUGCUGGGGAGUUAUCUUGGAAUGAGACCAAGAAGCCAAGUGGCUCAGCCAAGCUCUGGGGUAACAGCGUCAGGAGAUGGGAUAAAUAGAAGGGUGUUUGGUAAGAGGCAGGCUGAGGUUGCAACCCGGGUUCUGAUCCAGAAGAUCCAUACUGCCUCCGGGUCACACUCCAUGACAGCCAGAAUCGAGGAACUGAACCGCCACCUGACCCGCCACCCAGAGUGCCGAGCGGUGGCAUGGCAGGAGAAGGUGUUGGUCCUCCUGCUGCGCCAAAGACGUUGCCAUAGUGACGACCAAGAGCUCCAGGGAGCAAUCAGGGAGGCCCUGGCUCUGAUUGGCUAUGCAGACCCGGUCAAAGGUCAAGGGAUAAGAGUUCUUUCCAUCGACGGAGGUGGUACAAGAGGGCUAGUGGCUCUGCAGGUGCUGAAACAGCUGGAGGAGGAGAGUGGCAAGCCAGUCCACCAGAUGUUUGAUUAUGUGUGUGGCGUGAGCACAGGAGCAGUGCUGGCCUUCACGCUGGGUCUGGGUCAGAUCUCGGUGGGGGAGUGUGAGGAGAUGUACCGCCGCUUCGGCUCCGACGUGUUUCGGCAGAACCCGCUGGUGGGAACGGUCAAGAUGGGCUGGAGUCACGCCUACUACAACUCUGCCACCUGGGAGGGCAUCCUGAGGGAGAAGAUGGGGAGUGAGAUGCUUAUUAAAACAGCCAGGACACCCUCCUGUCCCAAGGUGGCAGCAGUCAGUGCAGUGGUGAACUGGGGGACGAGCCCCAAGCCCUUCAUCUUUCGGAACUACACCCACGCACCGGGCAGUGUGAGCCGCUAUGCAGGCGGGACAGGGCACCGGCUGUGGCAGGCUGUCAGGGCAUCCUCGGCAGCACCUGGGUACUUCCAGGAGUUCAGACUUCACAACGACAUACACCAGGACGGAGGGCUGCUGCUCAAUAACCCCUGUGCGCUGGCUGUCCACGAGUGCCGGCUGCUCUGGCCGGGAUCGCCUUUCCAGUGCGUGGUGUCGCUAGGCACCGGUCGCUAUGACAGCGGCAAGAAGAGCGCGGCAACAUCGACCAGCCUGCGAUCCAAGAUCAGCAACGUGAUCAGCAGUGCCACAGACACUGAGGGGGUCCACACUCUCCUGGAUGAUCUCCUGCCUGUCGACGUGUAUUUCCGUUUCAACCCCUUGAUCAGCGCAUACGUCCCCCUGGACGAGAGCCGGGCGGAGUGCCUGGACCAGCUCCGAGACGACACCGAGCUGUACCUGCAACGCAACCGUCCCAAACUGCAGCGGCUGUCCGGUAUCCUGCGAGCGGAGCGGGGCGCCCUGCGGACAGCGGGGGACUGGCUGCGGGAGAGCACCUGGCUGCUGAGGCACCGCUGGAGCUAGAGAGCGUGCAGUUCAGUCACAAGGUGCUCAUGUUAAAUACUGUUACAUGCAUCUAUUGCAAUGCAGUGGACAUGACCCUUAUUACACAUGCAUCUUUAAAAUGACUGCAAAGUGACCUUAUGCAAUUCUAGUGCAUUGAGCAUUCAUUCAUUCUAAUAGUGGGCUACAGUUGUACUUUUAGUACUUUUUUAUGAGCUAUAAUUUUAUAUAUCUUUUUUUUUUUCAGUAAUGUCAAUAAGAAGUGCACGGUGUUGUACUUUUCAGAGAAUAGACAUAUGUUUGUAGACGUGUAUUUUUAUGUAAAUAAUAUUUUUGGAAGAGUAACAAUAUUGUUGGCAUUUGUGUAAAAUGUAUUACCUUGAACUAUGUUUGUAACAAUAGGUCCUGUUCACAAAACCGUCAAUGAAAUAUAAGAUGUAUUUAUUACUUUCUUAAUAACAGUGUGUUCUAUGAAAUAAAAAUGUCUAAGAUUUACCUUGUGCUUAUGGAUUGUGUACUCCCUCUAGUGCCCCUUACUGGUACUGCAUGGAUUGCAUUUCACAG